UCCCAUUCACGUGUUCACUUUAACUCUCCCCGUGCCUCUCGCACUCUCCGUGAAGCUCUCUCCCCUCUAUCUCGAGCCGGGUUUCUCUCUCCCUGUGUCUAUCUACCCCCACAUCUCCCUACCCGUGUCUCGCUCGGAAUGGAAGACCUGUCCCCAUCAAACGUCUUUGCUCCCGGUGUUUACGUCAGGAUAGACCAAGAGAGCAGGAAAAAACUCUGUGUGCCUGCGCUGGUGGCGCUGGUGGCGCUGCUCGUCGGAGUGACGACGGUGGCGUGCUUGGUGGUGCUGGUGGUGAAUUGCACACGCGAGCCUCCUGACAACAGCUCCCCAGGUACCUCCACACGCUUGGUUGAAACGUUCCGCUUGGCUUCCUAUUACGGGGACCACAUGGUCCUGCAGAGGGGACCACGCGGCGCCUUCGUGUGGGGGUUCGGGAAAGCGGGAGCCAAGGUGGUCGUGAGACUCUACAACGCGGAUGAGGACUUGCUGCAGGAGCACGGGAGCAACGUGUCGGCAGAGUCAACCAGGUGGUCCGUGACCCUAGACCCCAUGGAUGCUGGGGGGCCGUUCUCUCUCAAUGCCACCCAGUGGAGCCCUGUCAGGAACGGCACUGGGGGGGAAGUGGCAGAGUUAGUGAUCAGCGACGUCUGGUUCGGAGAAGUGUGGCUUUGCGGUGGGCAAAGCAACAUGCAGAUGACUGUAAAGCAGGUCGUGAAUGCAAGUUGGGAGCUGGCUCAAGCCGCCGACUUUUCUCUCGUCCGCCUGUUCGCAGUCUCCCUGAACGGGUCGCUGCAGCCCCUCGCCGACUUCACGUCGGUCGCACUCCCCUGGAGUCUCCCCACAGCUGACCGUCUGGGCAUGGGAGAAUACACCGUCUUCUCAGCCGUCUGUUGGUUCUUUGGUAGGAACCUACACCUGACUCUGAGGGUCCCCGUGGGAUUGGUGCAGUCCUGCUGGGGUGGCACCUUCAUCGAAUCCUGGUCCUCACCCCGAGCCCUCACACACUGCGGAAUCAACGCACAGCCUCAAAGCAAUGAUCGACUGGAACCAACAGUGCUGUGGAACGCAAUGAUUAACCCUCUGCUCAAUAUGAGCCUCAAAGGGGUCAUCUGGUACCAAGGUGAAAGCAACACUGGGCACAACACUGACCUCUACAACUGCAGCUUCCCGGCCAUGAUUAACGACUGGCGUCAGGGAUUCUCCAUAGCCACCAAUGGCAACACAGACCCGCUUCUGCCAUUUGGAUUUGCGCAGAUCUCCACCAGUAACCCAGGUGACAACACGGACUCGUAUCCACGCAUUCGCUGGCACCAGUCUGCAGACUACGGUUUCUCCCCCAACUCGCGAAUGCCCAAAACCUUCAUGGCCGUGACCAUCGACUUGUGUGACCGCAACUCCAACUACGGGUGGAUCCACCCGCGCUACAAGAAGGAGGUUGCCUCCCGUCUGCUGCUGGGUGCGAUGGCCGUUGCCUACAAUGACAGUUCCUCCAUAUUCCAGGGGCCCUUCCCAGAAUUGGCCACUGUGAACCUCACAACCCAGAUGCUCGUCAUCAGAUAUGGACAGACGCUGAGCCACCGCAAUGACGGACGGGGCGAAUUUCAGAUCUGCUGUUCCCAAGUCCUCGGUCAGUGUCUCGACCCAGAUUGGCACCAAGCCCCAAUCGUCUCUGUACAAGCGCAGAGUGUCUUCCUCAACAUCUCCACCUGCAUCAACACCAGCAGGGCCGUGACGUCCGUCCGUUACGCUUGGUCCAACUGGCCGUGCGAACUCCAUGCUUGUGCUCUCUAUGGAGUGGGGCCCACCGCACUACCAGCACCCCCCUUCAUAAAGGCCGUGCCGUCGGAGGGGGUUUACAUCGGCAGUCCCGCGGGGGUUCCUAACGGCCGUGUUGAUGGGGCCCAUAAUGGCCGUGUUGGGGGGCUGAUAAUGGCCGCGUUGGUGGGGUUCACAAUGGUCAUGUCGGUGGGUUUAUGCCAUGGCCUCUAAGCUGUCCCUCCUCCGGUGGAGUUUGCGGGACCUUGGCUUGGGUCACCACCUUUCUCAGAGACCAAGACUGUAAUAUAUAUUGCGAGGUCAACACUACAGAGUAUAACCACAAUUAAAUUCCACAUAAUCCCUGGACCAAAUGUCAGUAUAAAUCAAUUCUUGUCACGCGAACACAGAUGCCAAUAUCCAGACAUGUGGCAACUCUGUUAGGUGCAUGAGUGGGCAAGCAGUUUGUGGUGUACUGAUUUGCUAAAUACAGUGAGGGAAAAAAGUAUUUGAUCCCCUGCUGAUUUUGUACGUUUGGCCACUGACAAAGAAAUGAUCAGUCUGUAAUUUUAAUGGUAGGUUUAUUUUAACAGUGAGAGACAGAAUAACAACAACAAAAAUCCAGAAAAACGCAUGUCAAAAAUGCUAUAAAUUGAUUUGCAUUUUAAUGAGGGAAAUAAGUAUUUGACCCCUCUGUAAA